AUGGGCGCUUAUCAGUCCAAGCCAACGGCGGCCGAGAGGGCCAUUAUUGACCGUCUCCGAACGCUUGACAUCGAGAAGAAGCAGGCCGCCAACGACGAUGGGUACGUCGAGGUCGACGACUUCGAGUCGUCCGGCUCACUCAACGAGAAGACCCUCAGUGCCCUGAGGCGGCCUCCCACCACUCUCGACGUCUCGCAGCUCGAGAACUGGCAGACCAAAUUGCUGGAGGACCCUAAGAACAGGCUCGCCCUCUCAGCCCUCUCCGCAGCCAACCCGCGCGAUGUCCUGACAUCCCGUGCGGCCAAGAUUUCCUACCAGCAAGUCUACAACAUCAGGAUCCCCUUCGAGGGCGCCCCUAUCACAAAUCAGCGGUCCUCAGGCAGGUGCUGGCUCUUCGCCGCGACCAACGUCUUCCGCGACAAGCUUGAGAAGGCGAACUACUUCUUAGAGCAGAUUAUCGACACUGCGGGUGAGGAGCUCGACUCGCGGCUCGUGCAGACACUGGUCCACGCCCCGCUGUCCGACGGCGGCCAGUGGGACACGGUCUAUAAUCUCGUCGCGAAGUAUGGCCUCGUGCCCCAGGUGCUGUACCCAGCCGAUUCCUUCAACGCUAUGUCGUCCAGUAUCAUCAACUCUAUUAUCUUUACCAAGCUCCGCGAGGACGCACUCAUCUUGCGCAACCUGCUCAAGUCCCCCUCCGCUACGUCCUCCAGCGUUGCGGCCGCGAAGGCAAAGAUGGUCAAGGAGAUCCACACGAUCUUGACCCUGACCCUCAGCCCGCCCCCGGCAGCCACUGAGGAGUUCACGUGGCAGUAUGUCGACAAGAGUGGCAAGGCCAAGGAGGUCACGACCACCCCGAUCGACUUUGCCGCCGAUAUCUGGUCCUCCGAAUACCGCGUCACGUCGUCCGUCAUCGCCGGGCUCGAUCAGCCUGGUACACGAUCCACGAUGGAUGAGUUCGUCUAUCAAGCAGUGGUAGACCCGAAAUUUCUCAGCAAGGACGUGCGCAAUGUUCUUAACAAGGAGCCCAUCGUGCUACCUCUGUGGGACCCCAUGGGAGCUCUGGCUUAG